AUGGCAUCAGAAAAAAAAAUUAGUAGAACGAUUUUGACUCGUAAAAUGUUUCAACAAUUUCUUGAGAGUGAUACAACUUUUGAGAAUUUUAUUGCGAAAGAUAUGAAAAUAACAGAUAUAGAUGAUGGUAAAAUUAGUUUCGAAAUAACUAUUCAAGAAUAUCAUCUGAAUUUCUACAAGUCAAUUCAUGGAGGAGUGAUAGCAUCACUGGUCGAUCUUUGUGGAUCGCUAGCUGUAUCAACCAUAAUAAGGCGUCUUUCGCGAGUUAGUACGGAUAUAAAUGUUUCAUAUAUCGCAUCAGUAGGAUAUGGUGAUACUUUACUUGUGAAUGCAGAAUGUGUAGAACUUGGUAAAACACUUAUAUUUACCACUGUAGAGGUGCACAAUAAAGCUGAUGGAAAGUUAAUAGCUCUAGGUAGACACUCUAUGUUAGUUACUGGUAUUCAUAAUGACCCUGAAAAUGAAUUUAAGACUGAAAACGCAAAGUU